AUGAACCCAUUGCAGCAGCAGCAACAGCAGCAGCACCAGCACCAGCAGCAGCAGCAGCAGCAGCAGCUGCGCGCGCUGCAGCUGCAGCAGCAGCAGCAGCAGCAGAAACAGCAGCAGCAGCAGCAAGUGGAGAGCGACGCAGCUACCGCCCAGGCUGCUGCAGCUGAGAGGCUGCAGCGAUGCGAAGUUCUGUUGGCCCUUUCCGAGGCAGCAGCGCAGCUCAGCGGUGUUGGGGGCCUCACCAAUGAAGCCCCCACUGUGCAGCCAGCAGCAGCAGCAGCAGCAGCAGCAGAAGCAACAGCAGCAGCAGCAGCAGCAAUGAACAGCUCUGCAUCUGGUGGUGUCAGUUGUCUAUCACAAAAGCAGAAGCAAAAGGAGAAGCAACGGCAGAAGCAGCAGCAGCAAACUGCUGAGCCCACUGCUGCUGCUGCUGCUGCUGCUGCUGGUACUGUCGCAGAGAAGCUUGGCGUUCUGCUGCUGCAGCAGCUGCAGCAGGCUCUUGCUGCUCUGCUGCGAGGCCCUUAUGCUGAUGAAGCCGACAGCAACUCCCCCCCCUUCGUGCUGCAGCUGGCUUGUCUUUUUGCUGCUCACGCUCAGACGCUGGCGCUGCAGUUGCUGCUGCAGCAGCACCGCAAUCUGCUGCAGCAGCACUGGCGGGCUGUCUUCAGUGCGUUCCCUGCUGCGCUUCCACCCCAAAGGUUUCUACACCUUCUACCCAGGCCAACAUACAUCAGCAGCAGCAGCAGCAGCAGCAGCGGCAGCAGCAGCAGCAGCAGCGGGCUCGAGGCGACAGCUGAAGAGAUUGCUGCGUGGGCAGUGGAGCGGUCUCUGGUGGUGAUGAGGGGGUCGGGGCUGCUGCAGCACUGCGCGCUGCCUUUUGCCACUGCUGUGCUGCUGCUGCUGCUGCAGCAGCCGCCUCCUGCUGGUCUUGCUGCUGCUGCUGCUGCACAGCAGCAGCAGCAGCAGCAAGCACGGGAGGCCCUCACGCUGUCACGACUCGAUCAAAAGCAGCUGAAGCAGAUCCAGCAGCAGAAGGAGCUGCAGCAGCAGCAGCAGAAACUGCAGCAGCAACGGGCCGCUGCUGCUGCUGCUGGCGCGAGUCUAUCAGCUGCUGUAUUGGCAGCAGGACACAGGCCACUGACCUCCACCGCAGCAGCAGCAGCAGCAGCAGCAGCAGCAUCACAAGCCACCAGCCCCUCUUCAACAGCAGCAGCAGCAGCAGCUGCUGCUGCUGCUCCCAGCUCGUCUGCAGCUGCAGCAGAAGCAGCAGCAGCAACGGAAGUUGAAGGAAUGGAGGCACCGUGGGGCUUGGAUAAGAGUUUGCUGCAGCAGCAGCAGACUCUGCUGCUGCUGCAGCAGCAGCAACAGCAAGGCUGCAGCGGUAUUCGUCGUCUGUAUGCGGCAGCAGCAGCUGCAGCAGCAGCUGCAGCAGCAGCUGCAGCAGAAGCUGCUGCUGCUCGAUGA